UUUCAGGUUUUUAGACAAAUUAUUUACUAAACAAAUAUUAGAAGGAUGCUCGAAAUAACAAAAAGUUUUUAUAAAUUUAGCACAGAUGGACAUGGACUUUUACAAUGAACAUAUACUAACAGAUUUGGACCGGGCAGACUAUGUGGGUGGAAUUGACAAUGAAGCAAUCUUUUUUGAAGAUCUACAAGUAACAGCGGGUCUUGGUCGCUUGGGUCCAGAUGGAAGCAACAGCAGCAAUACUACAAACAAUGGUGGUGAAAACCUAACACUGCCAUGUACAGCCAAAACAGAAACACCCGUAACUUCGCCCUCGCCCAUGACAACAAUAGGACCCGACAUAAUCCUACCCUCAAUACCAACAGUCUCAGCGCGAGUUAGCUUAACAUCUGCGCCAGCAACACCACAUAUUGGUAUACAUCACUCCAGUAACAAUAACAAUAAUCCUACACUAUCACACCUGCCCGAAAGUCCACCAGAUUCUGGAUCUGAACCACCCUACAGUCCAUUGCAAGAUGUACAGGGUUUAACCUUAAAUACACGUGAUAUUUACAAUCACGCAGGAGGAGGAGGAGGGGGAGGUAGUAACUCGACUCCUGCUAUUAAUGAUUUACACAACAUGCAGGUGCAUCAUCCGCCACAACCGCCACCAUUACCCCAACAACAACAUCACUAUACACAUUUACUAAACAGUCCCAUGAAUGUUAAUCCUUUGGCAAGUCCCCCCACCCAGGAAGCCUUGAAUGCUGGGAUACGUGUGAAGCAUGAAACCGGUCUCAUAAUCAAUCCGAAUAACUUAACGCAAACCUUACAUUCGAAUGCCUCACACUCCUUAGAUACUCAUAUUGAGAUGCCUAGCCAACAGCCGCAGCAGCAAACACAGCUUAUGUAUGCCACCAACAACAAUCAUAAUCAUCAUAACAGCAGCCCUAGUAAUCAAAUUAACUAUGAAAGUCUAACGAACAAAUUGUAUGCAAAUCCCGGACAACCAGCACCUCCUCCACCGUAUCAGAUUAAUUUGAACCACCUCGAACAUCCCUCAGUAGUGGAAACAUCUACCUGUAUGUUAAGCAGCAUAAGUGAUCUGCCACAUGUGCAGGUAGUGGGUACCAGCAUACCCUCCACGCCCACACUAAGUAGAACUUCGGCUCCCUCAACCCCCAAUCAUCAGUCAUCGUCGCGUAAACGUAAAAUGACCACACAAAUUGAUGAUCCCGAUUUUCGAUGUGUUAAGCCAGAUCCAGGUUUAAUAUUAAGUCCCUCACGCAGUUCAGUUUGUUCCACACCCAUGCCGGGUGACAGCUCCAAGAGAUCAUCUAUAUCACCGCUCAACAUACAACUAAGUAACCAUGAUAUGGUGGACACACCAGCCCCAUCAAAUGCUUCCCUUUCGCCGGCUCUCUCCUCGGUGCAUAUGGAUGGUAGUGUCAAGAAUUGCGAUACUUCUUCACAAAGUGGUGAUGCUCUAAGUCCUUGCAUACGUUUUUCACCCUUUCAACAGCAAAAUUGGCAUAAAUUAUGCGAUCAGCAUUUGCAAGAAAUAUCGGUGGUUUAUUAUCGGGUCGAUGCCGAUAAAGGUUUCAAUUUCUCCGUAUCGGAUGAUGCGUUUGUGUGUCAGAAAAAGAAUCAUUUUCAAAUAACUUGCCAUGCUCGCUUGCAAAGUGAAGCUAAAUUUGUGAGAACGCCGUCCGGUUUAGAGAAGAUCAAGUCCUUCCAUUUGCAUUUCUAUGGGGUGAAAUUGGAGGCGCCCAAUCAAACUAUACGCAUUGAACAAAGUCAAUCGGAUCGUUCGAAGAAACCUUUCUUUCCUGUACCUAUCGAUCUCCAAAGUCACAUUGUUAGUAAGGUAACAGUGGGACGUUUACACUUCUCCGAAACUACCAACAAUAAUAUGCGCAAAAAGGGACGUCCAAAUCCCGAACAACGUUAUUUCCAACUUAUUGUUGCCUUGCAUGUCCAUACCGCUUCCGGCGACUUUCCCAUUAUCAGCCAAGGUAGUGAUAAAAUCAUAGUACGUGCCUCUAAUCCCGGACAAUUUGAAUCGGAUGUUGAUUUGUGUUGGCAACGUGGUCUUACCCAAGACUCCAUAUACCAUGCCGGUCGUGUGGGUAUUAAUACCGAUCGUCCCGAUGAAAGUCUAGUGGUGCAUGGCAAUCUUAAGAUCUCUGGUCAUAUAGUGCAGCCCAGUGAUAGUAGAGCCAAACAGGAAAUCGGUGAAUUAGACACAUCGGUACAGUUGCGCAAUCUCCAAAAAAUACGUAUUGUACGUUAUCGUCUAGAGCCCCAGUUUGCACUGCAUGCUGGUCUCAAAGGUCACAAAGAUACGGGAGAAAUUGUUGACACUGGGGUAAUUGCGCAGGAAGUACGCGAGGUAAUACCCGAUGCCGUGCAAGAGGCUGGCAGUGUGGUACUGCCGAACGGCAAUGUUAUUGAAAAUUUCCUACUGGUGAAUAAGGAUCGCAUACUUAUGGAAAAUAUUGGUGCCGUCAAGGAACUGUGCAAAGUAACGGGUACUUUAGAGACGCGCAUAGAAAAUUUGGAGCGUGUCAAUACCCGUUUGCAGCGUGCUAAAGAAAAUGAGCUACAGUUUUUGCAUUGCAAAAGUAUAACGAGCAAUCGGGAUGGCUAUGAAAUUUGCUCGAAUAGAACACUACAAAUUAUUAUAUUUCGAUUAGUUAUUGUUAUGGCAAGCCUAGGUGAUUUGGCCGCAGUUUCCACUUUAUAUUUUGUCGAACAUAAUAAGAAACAACAAAGUCUAAAAUAUCUAGAUAGCAUACAACUCUUAAAUAAUGGCCACCUAUAUGGCCAUGAAGGUCUAACGUUAACGGAACAGGAACACAAUUUUAUCAAUAUGUUAAAAUCAGCCAGAAAUCAUACGCACUGGCCGUCAUUUGCUUAUCAAUCUCCCAUUGCUAUAGGCGGAGGAGCGGUGGGGACAGGUGUAACAAGAUCUCAAAGUCGUAAUCACAGCGAAUAUCAACGAGCAGACUAUAGAUAUUUGGGUACACCGGAUGAUAUUAGUAAUCCCUCUUCGGCUCAACAGUUGAGAAAUGAUGAAAUAACAGUGGUCAUGGAAAAACCUUCGGUGAGUCAUGAACUUUUGCAAGUCUACAAUGAGCCACAGAGGGUCACUGUUGCUCCAACACUAGCACGAAACAAUAAGACUUCGAUAAGUAAACAUAAAAACAAAUGGCCGCAACCGCAAAUAGUUUUAAGAGUAAUGCAAUCAGCUACGCAUCGUAAUGCUCUACCAUCGACACGUUCGCUUAACUUAAAUGGUCAAGCAAAUGAAGAGACGCCGCAGAAUGUUUCACACAGUGCGAGCGAAACUUCGACGGAGAAAAUUGCCGAUGUUCAACAAGAUUUCGAAAAUAAUUCCAUUGACACUGACUCACACCAACAACAACAAGUCAACAAUCGUGUAAAGUUAGCACCGGCCAAAAUACGGGCACCAGCAGCCAAAGUUCCCACUCAUAGUGAAAUACAAAAGUUAAAUGUCGACCUACCCAUAGUCAGCACAUCCAGCAGUAAUAUUAUAGAUGAAACGGGACUUGUUAUAGAAAAUUCCGCCACCCAAUCGAAUCUUUUAAGACACACCAAUCCCAAGGGAGGAGAGUUGAUUAUAUACAAAACUGUCUCACCGCCUACAGCCACUACUAGCACCACAAGUAGUCGCAGCAUUACGAAUAAAGUCAAUACUGAUGCUCCUCAUACAAAUAACUCGUUGGAGACUCAAUCUAUUACAAAUAAAAGUCGCAAUUUUGUGGAUCGUACCACUGACAAUUCGGAUCUAUUGCAACAACUUUCUAAUGAUAACAAUGAAUCGAUCUAUAGUGCCACCGAUAUUAUUGGCAAUCCGGAGAAUUUUAUUUUAGGUUUAGAUGAUCGUCAAUCGCUUUUAGGACGUCGUUCUUCAUCACCAUCAUCCGCUGGGAGUACGGGUAAUCAGCAAGAAAUUGCAAAUGUAUGGGUACAAAAUUCCAUAGCUUAUGUUAAUACCUUUGGCGAGCCCGAACAAUGUAAUAGUAAAACAAAACGUGAGGAUAUAUCUAACUGUCAGUCCGUUUGUUUCGAAGAAAACAAUCAACUCUUGGCCCCCAAUCAAUCAAAUUUAAGCUUAAGACCUGCGGAAGCCAAAAGAAAACCCUCUCUACAACAAGAGGAAAUCGAUAAUGAAAAUCACAGUGAAUCUGAAGAUAAUGAUGCAAUUAUAAAUGAUACCGACGAUGACUUACAGUCGACCUAUAAUGGUAAUGUUAAAAAUAAAGAAACGCUAGAUGGCGCCAUAUUGGCGGCCUCAUUGCCGCAAGGAAGAACUGCCCAUAAUAAACAAACUCCUUCAAAACAACUAGCUACUGAGGCAGAACGUCCAGAAGAUGCUGAAAAUUUAGAUGUGCUAUUGGAGCAUACCUUCUCCGAUGAAACCGUUGAUGAGGAGACGAAAAAAGUUAAAAAGGAUAAAAUCGAGAUUGGCAUAGUGCAACCUAAAUUGUCCGUAGAUCCAGAUUUACCACCUGAUGAAACAGAUUGUUGGAAAAUACGCAGUUGUAUAUGGGCGGAACGUUUAAAUAAUACUUUUGCCACAGAUGAUUUUUGUCCCAAAUUGGGUAAAUCUGUGAAUAAGACAUUUGUCAUACCGCUAUCGCGUUUCUUUAAGGAACAAAGUAUUGAAUUACAUUUAACAUCUUCAUUACCUUUACAAUGGGUCCUCUGCAAUUUACAUGAACAUUCACAAAAUGUUUUACAACGUAGACGUAACACCUCUUUACUUCUACUUAAUGUCCCUAGUCGGGGCUAUUUUGUUAAAGAUUUAAUAUUACGUGCCACCAAUGAUCCGGAAAAGACAAAUAUUUGCCAAGAACGACCGCACGAUGGCAACACCAUAUUGCAGUACAAUUUUAGAAUUUUAAGAAAUUGUGAUUAAAAAACCCACACAUACACAACAACAACACUGAAUCCUAAAUGAAUGAAAUCUUAAUACUAAAUUUUAAAUCUUAAGAACAAGUCUCUAAAUUUAAAUUAAUUUGUACGUAAACAUUUAAAUGCCCAAACUUAUACAUUAUUUUACUUUUUUUCUGAUAAACACAAAAAUAAUUAAAAAAUAUUAAUUAAAUCACAAAACUAUUUCAUUGUAUCAAUAAAUGACAAAAAGAAUUAAAAUAUAAAAGAAUCAUGUCAUAGAACAAAUUGCAACUAAGCGAACAAAAAUAUUAUUUGAUUUACUUUUUUUAUUAAUUUUUAAUUACAUAUUUUGUAAAUAGUGUUUAGUUAAAAUAAUUAACAUAAUACAUAAAAAAAUUGUUUAAAAGCUUUUAUUAUUUUGCCUUUACUAAGAACAAACAAACGAAAUCGAAAACAAAAUUAAAUCUAAAUUU